AUUUUGUUUUACUAUAUAGUAGAGUGCGUUCAAAAAGAAAUUUGACGAAAAUUUUAACGUGUGAACUGAAAAAACGAUUCGACCAAAUUUCCGUUCAAUCAAAUUUCCGUCGCUCAAUUUACCGUCGACGAAAUUUCUUUCGAUGAAAUUUCUGGUAUGUCAUUAUGAUCAAAUUUACAUUUUUAAAAUACGGAGCAUGUAAAAUUUGGAAUUGUGUCAUCGAAACAAAUCAUAUAACAGAGUGACCUUCGCCUUCAUAUUUUUCUGAAUUUAGGCUCAGGAUUAGUGGACACUACCAAUAUUAUCGUAAGUUUCCUAAAAAAUAAAGCUAACAUAUUGAUAGAUAUCCGCUCGAAAGUAAUCAUAAUAUUACCUUUAAAACCUAUGGGCAUCGAGUUUAUUAAUAUAGAUUUAUAGGGCCUAAUAUUAUAAUUUAAAUUUAAUAUUUGUCGGAUAAUCCUACACUAUACUCACUAUACUAGUCCUAGUCAGAAGUCAUAGUUCAAUUAGUACAGGACAGAAUUUAACUAUAGUAUAGUCAUAGUCAUAGUGUAUAGUACUAGUACCUAUACACUAUACACUGUCAUAUAACUAUACUAUAGUUUAAACUAUAUUAUACUAUACUCUAUAGUAUACUCUAAUAUCCAGGCAUAAGUAAAUUAAACUAAUAUAUAUAUAUAUUUAAUAUAUAUAUAUAUAUAUAUAUAUAUAUUGUUAUAGAGAGCUUGUUUACAUCAUAUUUCUCAUGCGUGCCCUCUGAUUGACCCCGCAUGAGACGCUGUGUUCACAAAGGGGUGUGGCUUAGGUCUUUGAUGAAUUCUUGUUUACGCCGCCAACGAAUAAAAAUAAUUAAUCUGUUCCAAAUAGUAUUUGGUAGAAUGAUUAGGAUUUUUCUCGAAAUGUCAUGUAGCUUGUAGAAGGCAGGGCUUAGGCGUCGGUAGACCCACCUAUAUAAGGGAUUGACAGGCACGACGAGAGGGAGACGGAGAUUUUCAUAUAGAUUCUCUUAACAUUACGAGGCGUGUUUUAUUCUUUGUGUAUUUGUGUGCUCCUACUUAUAUGUGUUUAUUUCGCAUUAUUUAUUGGCAUCAUUAUUUCUAAUUGUAUUAACUGUGUACCGGUACGAGAUCCACCAUACUGUAAGUUGAAGAUUGUAAUUUUAUUUUAUUUUAUUUUAUUUUGUAAUUAUCUUUAGACAUAAUAAAUCUUAUUAAUUGUAACUAGAAACUGUUUUGGGUCGUAUCUUUAAUAUUGUUGAUUCUGUGGUAUCGUCCUUUGUUAGGCACUGAUUACAACGAGCCAAUAAUUAAUUGUAACUAGAAACUGUUUUGGGUCGUAUCUUUAAUAUUGUUGAUUCUGUGGUAUCGUCCUUUGUUAGGCACUGAUUACAACGAGCCAAUUAAAAUUAAAAUAGGAGAUUAAUUUCUCCCAACACAAGUCAGUGCGUAACAAUAUAUAUAUAUAUAUAUAAAUUAUUAUCACAACAAUAUUAUUUUCAAAAGAACGCCUCACAGACAGAAGAGUUCUUAGAGAUGAUGUAAAUACAAAUAAUUCUUUAGUUUUAAAAUGAUUAAAAUUUCCUGCUUUGAAAUUUCCUGGUUUUAAAAUUUUAACAUUUUAAAAUACCUAGUUUGAAAUUUUUGUAAAAUAGUCACCUUUACAACUGAUCACUACUCAUAUCACAGUGUAAAUUUUUCUCUAGACUCUAGCCUCUGAAACUGCAGGGAUCUAAUAAGUAAUGACUACGGUACCCUGUAGUUAUGUCAAUGUAGUUGUGUUUUCUAGACCAGCAAACCGAAAUGCUGGUCAAUGGACCGGCACCGGUCCACAAGGUCCAGAAACCUUGCGUUCCCGGUCCGCAUAACAUGAUUAUUUAAGAUCAAAUAAAAAGAAAAUAUAAUUGAUAAAUUUGUCACUUAGUCUCUGGUGCAAUUUCUAAACUUUUCCAAUGGUCCUUGAACCUAAAAUUUUCGGAAACGCUGUUCUAGACAACUCUAGACUUAGGAUAGUAUUACAGUAUUGCAUUAUUAUUUAUUAGCAGUGUCGUAGCUAGGAUCAGUGCCAGCCUGGGCAGGCCAAGAUAUUUUUUGUAAAAACUUUUUGAAAGUAUUCAUACCUUUGCUAUGCUGUAUUUUGUUGAAUGUACAUAAUACAAUUAAAUGAUAUCCCCUUAAAUUUGCUAUACUUACUUAUUUUUUAACAUUUUGAUUGCAGGAAAAAUGUCACUACCUAUUAUUUAUACACCAAUUACAAAAUUACAAGCGAGUAUUGAAGGGCCUCAGGGUGGACCAUGUGGACAUUUUCAUAUGGAUUUUUUUAGGUGUGCCAGUCGAGUAGGGAUGGCCAGAGCAAGAUAUGACUGCAAAAAGGAAUUGGCAGAUUUCCAUGAAUGUUUUUAUAAGGACAAACAGGUAUUUUAUUAAUUUUUAAAAGUGAUUUCUUUUGCUGUUAUUUGUAUCAGUUUAUUAGAUUUUUUGUUGUUGUUAAAUUGUCUUUCUACCUAUUUCUACCUAUUUACCUAUUUCAGUGUUCAUAUUAUUAAAUUAAAAACAAUAAACUCUAAUGAAUUUUUGCUAGAUUUCUUUACCAGUGGAACUAAUAUGAUUAAUAAGUGAUUUUGUAAUAGCCUAUGACAUGAUCAACACGAUAGUUAGGGUUAAUGGGCUAGAGUAAAAUAAAAUGUUGUGAUUAAAUUGCACUCAAUGUCAGUGUGCAUGCACCAAAAUAUUAUCCCUUGAUUUCACUUAUAAAAAAAAAUAAUUUGCAACUUUCAGUUCUUAGCUAAAAUAUUUUCAUUUGAAAAAUUGAAUGUCAAACUUUUAUCACUUUAAAGUGAGUUACAAUUUAUAAGCAUUGUUCUUCUUCUUAUGCCUUUUUACCCCGUCUGGGGCAUAGGCUGUCCACAAGAAUUUUCCAUUCAUCAUGGUGCUAUGCUUUCCUUUCUAGUUGCUUCCAGGUGUGUCCCAUAAUGUGCAUGUCUGCCUCUAGCUUGUGUCUCCAUCUAUUCUUUGGCCUUCCUCUCUUUCUUUUUCCUUGUAGAUUCCAUGUUAAGGAUUGUGUGGGUAUGCUAUCUGGAUGUUUUCGGAAAGCUUGCCCAUUGUUCGGUUCAAUUUAAAUUCAAUAAUUAAGUUAAGAUUUGUUAUUUGAAUUCUUUCAGCUUGAGCGGGUAAGGUUAAUGGAUAAAGAGAGAAAAAGACAAGGCAGGCCUCACCUGACACCACUGGGUAAAGAUAUUCCUGAUGUGGGCUACUGAAUUCAGUGACACCAAUUUAUAUCUGAGCUGUACAUAUAGUACGAAAGUGUGAUUACACACUGUGUGUAAAAUGGUAUACCAGAUAAGGACACCAGUUAAAAAAGUUAAUUUGAUCAUUAAAAUAUAGUUAAAUUUUAAACCAGUGGAAUGACUAUCUUAUAUUUUGUGUCAUCAAUUUUUGUCAUAGGAAAUAUUUUGUUCCAAUCUGAAUCAGUGUGUAAAGUGGGCAUUCGGAUUAUUAUUGUUAUUAUUUGAGCUUUGAAGUGAACUCUAUGGUACAUAACCAUUUUUCUUUUCUAAAAUAUUUUUGUCUUCAAUUUUUACAUCUAAAAAAUGUAGGCUGGUUCAUGUUGAAAUGGGUUACUCAGCUCUUAUGACAUGUUUGACACCACCUUAUUUCACAACCACAACAAAAGUACUCUUUAAAAAAAUAUACUUUCAAAAUCCUUACGAAAUAAAGCUUAAAUGUUUUUAAACAUUAUGUGCGUUUAAUGAAUAUGGAAUAACUAAAAGUUAUUGUGUAUAGAGUUUUUAUAAGUAAUUUAAAUUAUGCAAUAAUAAUUAUGUAUUAUGUUAGCCACCAAAAUGUUUGUGGAACCGCUAAAUAUGGAUAUUUCUGAUCUGGAGUAGCUGAUUCUCUCACAAACUGCUACUAUCUACAUCAGGGGACACCAAACUUUUUUCACGGUGGGCUGGUUAAUGAAAAAAAUGACGAGCGCGGGCCGGAUAAUCAUUCUGUAUAAUACUUGCAGGCAAGAGAGAAAACUCUGGGGAAAAAAGAUGAAAAACUAAGUUUAUUACCGGUAUUCCAUGUUAAUCAUGGGUGAAUGGCGUGCAAUGCAAAAAAGCAAAGACAACCAACAUUUUUAUUUACCGAUACUAUAAAUAAAAGUUAUCAAAGAAGGCGACGUUGGCAAAAGAUAGUUACAUCUACCUAGUGCGCACAUAUUGGAAUCACACAAACUAAGCAGAAAAAACGGUUCGUCGGAUUUGUGAAACUGUCGUUUGGCUUUCAAGAUACCAUCAAUGUUUGGUUUGGAAUUGCUGCAUCCAAUCAAAAUAUUGUUUUUUUUAAAUGUUCAUCAAUCCAUCUCGUUUGAUGAGUUGACUUCAUAUACUUUUUUUUUGAAAAUGUUUACUCACAGAUAUAAGUUGUUCCAUGCAUGCUGCUAAGGGAUGUCAACUCUUCCGUUAUCUGAAAGUCCAAUUUGACACCACAAAUAAACACAAGAAGUUGUGAGAGAUCAGUAGGCUUAUCCCAUACCAGAGAAUACCACAACAGGCUCCUAGCUUUCUCAUGUAUCUGUAGCGCUAUGUUCUCUCCAAGUUCUUCUAUUCUUUGAAAAACUGAACUUGCCGAAAGGCUGUUAGUUCCAACCGUGGCGAUUACGAAUUUUAAUGUCCCCAUAUGUUUCCAUCACUCCACUUCCUUUCACCCAUUCACAGUUUGUGGUAGUUAUCAGACUAUAAUAUAUUCGAGGGAAUAUGUUUAAUGAAAUUUGAUUCUUUUUUUUAUAAUUUUUUGAAAACCAGUUUUUCCUAAAAACAACAACCUCAAGUUACUUGGUAGGUUUUUUUAAAUGAUGUCAUCAUUUUUCUUAUUUAAAUGCAUCUUGUUUUAUGCUGAUCUGAGUUCAAGUUUGAACCACGUUAAAUUUCACCAGUAACUUUAUUUUUACCAGUGAUAGACUGGGAUAAUGUGAUCUGUACAUCCACUCAAUAUAAAUUAAUAUCAAUAGCAAAUACACGUCUGCAAAACAAAGUGACCGCAGAUUUUAUUUAAAACGUCGGUCAUCUACUUUUAGUAUUUAACUUUUUUGAUGCCGGUUUAACUUGAUCCCACUAGGCACUGCGAUGCAAAUAGUUAUUGUAUUCAUUAUACAUACUGUAUUUUAUUAUUUACUAUUAAGUGUUAAGAUACGGUAUUGUAUGAUUUUAGGAGUUCAAGAGUAAACGGGUCUGUAAUAAACAAGAAAAUCUAGAUGCAAUAAUUUAAAAUUGAAAAUGGUAAAUUAAGGCGCAUAGCAGCCAGGAGGUCUUCGCACGUGUGAAGAUCUCCUAGUAUUCUAAACAUAAUAUUUAAAUUAUUUUCCAUACGUUUUAUCAAGCAAGUUUAAGUACCAUCUGCAGGCCAGAUGAACUGGGCCCGUGGGCCGUAGUAUAAUGACCCCUGAUUUACAUCAUAACGACAUUUAACAGUCAACGUAAACUCAUUGUGUUCAGUUCUUAGCCACAACAGGUCCAUAGGCUAAUAAGCACUGCUACUUAACACUUAAGUUACAUUUAAUCUCAGAGUGGACCAUUCUUAAAAACAGUGAAAAACUCUCAUCAAAACUUUCCCUAGACUGAUCUUGUUGUAUAAUAAUCAUACACACAAUGCUUUCAAAUUCAUGUAUAAUCUAACAACUAAAAAGUUAAUGGCAUAAUAAAACCAAUAUACACAACCAAUAUUCCCUCUAAGGUUUGUUGACUCGUGUGCAAAAUCAUAAAGUUGUGAGCAAAGUUUUACAGCAUCAAUUUUUUGUGUGAAAAAUUUUACAGCCCACAAACACAAACUUACAUGGAAAUUAGCUGCGCUGAUACUCAAAACUGCUGCGCUGCAUCUGUGAGAUAGCUGCGCAGCUUAAAGGGAACAUUGUACACAACCACAGAAUCAGGUGUACUUGAUAUUAAAGGAGAUGGCUGAUCAGGUCUCAAAACCCUGUUUAAAUUUCAUCAUUUUCUUUAAAAAAUAUAA